AUGCACAUCCUCGUCACCAACGACGACGGCCCUCCGUCCGCGCACGCAUCCCCCUACGUGCACUGCCUGAUACGGCAUCUCCAGGCGGCAGGACACACGGUUUCGGUAUGCCUCCCGGACACGCAGCGAUCGUGGAUUGGCAAGGCGCAUAUGAUUGGAAAGACAGUGAAGCCGGUCUACUACCGCCCCUCCAAAGCGCAGCCGACGGAUCAGGAGGAAGGCACGCGUCACGCCCUGCCGUCUCCUGAGGGUUCUGGCGAGGAAGAAUGGGUUCUCGUAGAUGGCACUCCUGCAUCAUGUGUCCAGAUUGGCCUGCACCACUAUUUCAAGGACCGCGGGCCCGUGGACCUCGUUGUCAGCGGACCCAACUACGGACGCAACACGACGGCCGUCUUCGCCCUCAGCUCGGGCACUCUGGGCGCUGCUCUCGAGGCGGCCGCCUGCCGCGCACGAUCCAUCGCAGUCAGCUUCGCCUUCUUUUCACGGAACCAUGACCCGGAGAUCAUCGAGGCCGCCUGUGCGCAUAGCGUCCGCGUGAUCCACGCCCUAUACGAACAGUGGCCCACGGACCGAUCCGUCGACCUAUACAGCGUCAACGUGCCUCUUGUUGAGGGCGUUGGCAAGAACAAGACCCUCUUCACGGAUAUACUGCAGAACUACUGGAGCGGCUCCAGCUGCUUCCAGGAAAUUGAGGGCGAGGCAGGAGAGGCUCACAUCGAGGAAGAGGCCAUUCGGGAGGGCAGAGGGGGGAAGGAGAAUGGUACUUCCAAGCUCGCUACGAACCACAAGCACAAACAUUUCAAGUGGGCGCCUAGUUUUGAAGACGUUUACCAGAGUGUUGAGGAGUCGGGGCCUGGAAACGAUGGCUGGGUGGUCAGGCAGGGACAGACGAGCGUUACUCCCAUGAAGGCCAACUUUGCCACAACCAUCCGUGCCGAGGAUGCCAAGGAGCUAGAGCUGAAGCCAACUACGUCAGCAAAAGACCCAGUGACCCAGAGUCUGCCCAUCAGGCCAGCACGAGAUGGCGCGUCAGGGAUCGAAGCCAUUGUAUGCUACGGUGAUGACUACGUGCAGCCGCUGAUUCUGUCGGCCAUGGAAUCUGUAUUCCCAGCGGGGCUGGUGUCACAGCGGACAGAAAUGCCAUCAUCACUAUCCCAGGUGGUGGCGUCCUCCACAGCAUCUGAGCCGAGGAUCCUGGCCAUUACGCAGUACGAGGACGUAGACUUUGAGUUUGCGGCCGAGCACAACAAGACGUGCAUGGUCAACAGCUACAUGAUCCGCAAGGCGCUGAUUAGGAAGCACCACCUCUCGACAACGGUGGACCACUGGGUGGCCAAGAAGCCGGAGUCGCUGCUGAAGCAGCACACGAAGCGCAGCGAGGCCUUUGAGGUGGACUAUGCCGAGUUCCUGGACGACGCGCUGGUCGAGGCGUUUGACCUACGAGAGAGCAUGUACCGCAACGCCAAGGUCGAGGAUGCCGAUCAGAGGGAGUGGUGGAUCCUGAAGCCUGGCAUGAGUGACGGCGGACAAGGGAUAAGGCUGUUUUCCACCAUGGAGGAGCUUCAGGAUAUCUUUGACAGGUGGGAGCCGGAAAGUGACGUUGACGAAGAUGAAAACGAUGGCAGUGGUGAGGGCGGUGAGGGCGGUGAGGGUAAAAGUGGCGGCGGCGGCGGUGGCGGCGACACAAUCAUGGCUUCACACCUCCGUCACUUUGUUGCCCAGCCGUAUAUCCACCCUCCCCUGCUGCUGCCCAACGACGGGCGCAAGUUUCAUAUACGCACGUACGUGUGCUGCACAGGUAGCCUGAAGGUCUACGUCUACCGACACAUGCUCGCCCUGUUUGCGGGCAAGCCCUACGUGGCGCCAGGCACCGAAGCCGAGCCGGACUCGUACCUGACAAACACGUGCCUACAGACGACUGACGACAACGGUGAUACGAGAAGCAACGUCAGUCGUUUCUGGGACCUUGCCAAAGACCAGCAGACAGGCCCGGGCAUUCCCAGCGAAAGGCUCGAGUCCCUGUUCCGGCAGGUCUGCGGCGUCUCGGGAGAAGUAUUCGAGGCUGCGGCCAGGGCCAUGCCCAUACACUUCCAGACGUCGCCCAACGUCUUUGAGGUGUUCGGGCUGGAUUUCCUGGUGGACGCCGACUACGAGGCCUGGCUUCUCGAGGUCAACGCCUUUCCCGACUUCAAGCAGACGGGUAGUGACCUGAGUGACAUCGUCGGCGGGCUCUGGGAGGGCGUUCUGCGCUGUGCCGUGGCACCGUUUCUCCUACGGCCCGACGAGCUGGAACAGGUGAAGAAUAGUCAGAAGGAUGAUGACGGUAUGGUGCUGGUCAAGGAUAUUGACCUUGGGAGGGGUUGA